AUGGAUUCAUCACAAUACGAAAGGUUGAAGUACCUCAUCAGCCGUCUUGUGUCGUAUAUCCACGACUACGCACGAGAGACGCGUUUGAGCAUGGCCGAGUGGGAGACGGCCAUCAACUUUAUGACAGAGGUUGGGCAGAAAUGCACCAAGACACGUCAGGAGUUCGUGCUUUUCUCUGAUGUCAUCGGCCUUUCCCUCCUUGUCGAUGCUCUUGAUCAUCCCAAGCCCAAAGGCGCUACCGAAGGCACUGUCCUGGGACCAUUUCACACCGAUGAUGCCGCAGACACGUCGAAUGGCGGAGAUAUUAACAGCGAUCCAGAUGGUGACCCAUUGCUGGUGGUCGGCAAAGUUCUUGAUAUGAAAGGGCGACCUGUCGAAGACGUGGCAGCGGAUGUGUGGGAAACAGAUUCGCACGGGUUUUACGAUGUGCAGUACGCCAAUCGUGACGGACCUCAUGGACGUGCCAUUUUACACACAAAUGCAAAUGGCGAGUUCUGGUUCAAAGGGAUUGUUCCGGUCUCUUACCCCGUCCCCGUAGACGGGCCAGUAGUAAGUGACCCAAUCAUGAUUCAGUCGGCCCGUCUAACAGAAAGGUCAGGGGGGCUUUCUUCGUGCCAUGGGAACCAUCCCUACAGACCAGCUCACAUCCACUUUUUGAUGGAGAAGGACGGCUUCGAUGAGUACAUCACAGCCUUGCCUCUUCGUGGAGACCCCUAUGAGCCGCACGACCCAGUCUUCGGUGUGAAGGCUUCAUUGGUAGUCGACUUGGGGAAAGUGGAUCAGGCUACAGCUCAGAAGUACAACGUCAAGUCCGGAAUUAAGCUCCCCGAGCACGAGUUUGUCUUGGUGACAAAUGAAGAGGCUGCUGCAUUGAGGCGGGAGGAAGCCGAGCAUGUUCUGGGGUCAGAUGUUGAUCGUCCAGUACCAGCUGGCAAGUAA